AUGGCAGGAUACCAUCGGUUAUGGUCUCAUCACUCGUACAAUGCUUCAACCCCUCUCAAAUUUUACCUCGCGAUCAUGGGCGCCGGUGCAGGUCAAGGAUCGAUCAAAUGGUGGGCCAGAAACCAUCGAGCACAUCACCGAUACACAGACACCGACAAAGAUCCAUAUUCUGUCCAGAGGGGACUCGCAUAUGCCCAUAUUGGGUGGGUUUUGAAAAAGCAAGACCCUGCACAAACAGGGCGAACAGAUAUCACCGAUUUAAAAGGCGAUCCAAUUGUCAUGUGGCAGGACCGUAAUUAUUUACUGUUGUUGCUCUUUGCCACGUUUUUCCUCCCGACUGCUGUCUGUGGAAUCGGAUGGGGUGACUGGCGUGGUGGAUUUGUCUAUGCAGCGAUAUUGAGAAUGCUUUGCGUUCAACAAGCCACAUUCUGUGUGAACUCUCUAGCUCAUUGGCUAGGCGACCAACCAUAUGAGGACCACAAUUCUCCCCGGGAUCAUACUCUGACUGCAAUUCUUUCCUUGGGAGAAGGUUGGCAUAAUUUCCACCAUGUGUUUCCUUCCGAUUACCGCAAUGCUAUCAAUUGGUAUCAGUAUGAUCCAACAAAAUGGCUGAUCUGGAUUUGGUGUCAGCUCGGACUGGCAUCAGAACUUAAAAAGUUCCCGGAGAAGGACAUUCAGAAAUGUCGCCUUCUGCAGCUGCAGCAGGAUCUGGACAAGAAGAAGAAUACCUUUGACUGGGGCCCACCUAUAUCAGAAUUACCGGUGAUUGAGUGGGACGAAUAUACCAGGCCUCAAAGUCGACUACUUUUGGUAAUUGCUGGAGUGGUUCAUGAUGUGACUAAAUUCAUUGACGAGCAUCCCGGUGGACGAAAUCUAAUGGCUGGUGCAAUUGGGAAAGAUGCUACAGGUAUGUUUCAUGGUGGGGUUUAUGCUCAUUCGCGGGCUGCGCGUUGUCUUCUAGCGCAAAUGAGGGUUGCCGUAGUCCGCGGAGGCGGCGAAGUAGAGGCUCGAGUGGAACGCGAAACGCUGUGA